AUGAGAAAUUGGUUAAUCAGUGUGGUUUGCUUGCUAUUUUUGUUUGGAACUUUAUUAGUGGAAGCUGCACCAGUAACUGUUCUUACUCCAACUGAAGACCCUUUUUACACAGCACCUAAUAACCUUGAUGAUUAUAAACUUGGAGAUAUAAUUAGAUCCAGAAUAUCACCUCACCCGAUUAGAAGUAUUUAUUUUAAAGUUGAUGUGAAAAGUGCCUGGCAAUUAUUGGUAAGAUCAGAAGAUACUUUUGGCAAUGCUACAGCAAUUGGUGUAACUGUAAUUGAACCAUAUAAUAGCAACAAAACUCGAUUACUUUCUUAUCAAGUUGCCGAAGAUUCUGCAAGUCCUAACUGUGCUAUGUCUUAUGCAUUCCAAUACGGUGCUUCAAUGAAUACACUUGUUACGCAAUUUGAAAUGUACUUUAUACAAGCAGCUCUCGAUUUAGGUUGGUAUGUUACAAUUCCUGAUUAUGAAGGUCCACAAGCUGCAUUCACAGCUGGGAGACAAGCAGGACAUGCAGUUUUGGAUGGAAUAAGAGCAACUUUACAUUCAGGUAAUAUUACAGGGGUUGAUGAAAAUGCUCAAUUGACUAUGUGGGGAUAUUCUGGAGGUUCUUUAGCAACUGGAUGGGCAGCUGCUCUUCAACCAGAUUAUGCACCUGAAUUAAAGGAUAAAAUACUUGGAGCUGCACUUGGAGGCUUUGUAACAAAUAUUACAGCUACUCUUGAUGCACAAAAUGGUAAAAUCUUUGCUGGAUUACUUUCUUCAGGUAUAAACGGGUUAAUGCAAGAAUAUCCUCAGUUAAAUGAACUUGUAAGACUGAAAAUUGCAAGUGACAAAUUAGAAGACUUUUUGUAUGGUUCAAAAUCUUGUAUGCUUCCUUCUUUAUAUCAUUUUAUGGAACAUAAUUUCUUUUACGGAGAAGACAAAUAUUUUACCGAUGGACCAGCAAUAUUAUCAGAACCAAUUGUACAAGAAAUCCUAAGUGAAAAUACAUUAGCAUUACAUAAUAAUUCAGAAAUCCCUGAAAUACCCUUAUUUGUUUAUCAUGGUGAACUUGAUCGAAUUGUUCCAAUAGUUGGAUCAGAACGAGCAUAUAAUAAUUGGUGUGACUGGGGAAUAAAAUCAUUUGAAUUUGCUCCAGAUCUUUUAAAUGGACACAUCACAGAAUUUGUUCUCGGAGCUCCAGCCGCUUUAGCAUGGCUUGUAGAUAGAUAUGAAGGGAUUCCACCAGUUGAUGGAUGUAAGAAGACUGAAAGAAUUAGUAAUUUAAUGUAUCCAGGAGCUCUGGAAGCCAAUAAAGUUUACUUUGAAGCAGCCUAUACAAGUCUUCUUGGAUUACCAAUUGGACCAGAUAGUAACUUAACUUUUGGAGAAAUAGCUUCAAAGGUUUAA